AUGGCUGCCGACGACUCCAAAGAUGACGCAGCUGAGCUUUCCGCCCUCGAUUACGCAGUCCUGGAUCUCCAGCCCGGCGUUGCAGAGUCCGAUAUCAAAAGCACCUAUCGCAAAAAGUCCAUGCUCAUCCAUCCUGAUAAAACGAAGAACCCACAGGCCCCGGAUGCAUUCGACCGUCUGAAGAAAGCCCAAACAGAACUCAUGGAUGAGAAGCACCGGGAGAGACUAGACGAAGCCAUUGCCGACGCGCGAAUGCUCCUCAUCCGCGAAAACAAGUGGACAGUGGACAGCCCCGAACUAAAGACCGACGACUUCGCCAAAAAGUGGCGCGAAAAGUCCAAAGAGGUCUUGAUUGACAACGAGCACCGUCGCCGGCGGCAGAUGAGGGCGCAAAUGCAAGAGGAAGGUCGCGAGCAGCGUAAGCAGGACGCCGAGUUGGAAGAAAGGAAGCGCAAGAGGCAGCAUGAACAGGAAUGGGAGUCGACAAGAGAUGAGCGCAUCAGCAGUUGGAGAAAUUUCCAGAAGGGCAAGUCUGGGGGCGAUGGGGAGAAGAAGAAAAAGAAGAAGCUGAAGCCUAUAGGUUGA